AUGGAUUUCCUGAAACCAGAAUCAGUCCUUAACCUCCAGAACAUUAGAGACGCCUUAGUGCGUAUGGAAGAUACAAUUAUUUUCAAUUUCAUUGAAAGAUCACAAUUCUACACAUCUCCAUCAGUCUAUGCCAAUAACAAAAUUCAAAUUCCAAAUUUCGAUGGGUCCUUCUUGGAUUGGGCUUUAGUGAAUAUGGAAAAAAUCCACUCUCAAAUCAGAAGAUAUGAAUCACCAGACGAAGUUCCAUUCUUCCCAAAUGAUAUAUUAGAACCAUUAUUACCAUCUAUUAAUUACCCACAAAUCUUAGCAUCAUACUCAGAUGAAGUCAAUGUCAAUCAAUUGAUUAAAGAAAACUAUAUUGAACAUAUUGUCCCUAUGAUAAGUGCAGGCGAUGGUGAACAACCAGAAAACUUGGGAAGUUGCACAACUUGUGAUAUUGAUAACUUGCAAGCCUUAUCAAGAAGAAUUCAUUUUGGUAAAUUCGUUGCCGAAGCUAAAUUUCAAAAUGAAAAGGAAAGAUUUACAAAAUUGAUCCAAGAGAAAGAUAUUAAAGGAAUUGAAGAUGCUAUUACGAAUAGUGCAGUGGAAGCUAAAAUUUUGGAAAGAUUGAUUGAAAAGGGUAAGGCAUAUGGUACUGAUCCAACAUUAAAAUGGUCCCAAAAUCAACAAAAUAAAGUUGAUCCUGAAUUUCUUGCAAAAAUUUAUAAAGAUUGGGUUAUCCCAUUGACUAAAAAAGUUGAAGUUGAUUACUUGUUGAGAAGACUAGAAGAUAAAGAAUAA